AUGGUGAAUCUGGAACCCAUGCACCCAGAUAUCAAGAUGAGUGGGGAUGUAGCAGAUUCCACGGACACUCGCAGCACCCUCAGCCAGGCGGAGCCAGGAAAUGAUCGGAAUGGCCUCGAUUUCAACAGACAGAUAAAAACAGAGGACCUCAGCGACUCCUUGCAGCAGACACUGUCCCACCGGCCAUGUCACCUGAGCCAAGGACCUGCCAUGAUGUCCGGAAACCAAAUGUCUGGGGACAUGGCUUCUCUCCAUCCACUGCAGCAGCUUGUGCUCGUCCCUGGUCACUUGCAGUCAGUGUCCCAGUUCCUGCUUUCUCAGACCCAGCCUGGGCAGCAAGGUCUGCAGCCGAAUCUCCUCCCCUUUCCGCAGCAACAAAGCAGCCUCCUCCUCCCACAGACGGGGCCUGGCCUGGCAUCCCAGGCAGUUGGGCGCCCUGGGCUUCCCGGAUCCUCUUUAGAACCUCACCUAGAAGCAUCGCAGCAUCUCCCAGCACCCAAACACCUACCUAGUUCUGGAGGGGCUGAUGAGCCCAGUGACCUGGAGGAGCUGGAGAAGUUUGCUAAGACCUUCAAGCAGAGACGCAUCAAGCUGGGCUUCACACAGGGAGACGUAGGGCUGGCAAUGGGAAAGCUGUACGGCAAUGACUUCAGCCAGACCACCAUCUCACGGUUUGAGGCCCUCAACUUGAGCUUUAAGAACAUGUGCAAGCUCAAGCCCCUGCUGGAGAAGUGGCUGAAUGACGCAGGUACGCCUCUGGGUGCGGGCAGGAGUGGCCCCAGGGAUUCCAUAAGGAUUACCCCAAGUUCAAUCCCUAGUACCACACAGCCCUCAGCCCACGCGUGUGUCAGUGCUGCUUCUCUGGAGCACCAGCUCCUCCUGACCACUGUGUCUUCACCCUUGCAGAACCCCAAGCCCAGCUCAGAAGAGAUCUCCAUGAUUGCAGAGCAGCUGUCCAUGGAGAAGGAGGUGGUGAGGGUCUGGUUCUGCAACCGACGCCAAAAGGAGAAGCGAAUCAACUGCCCUGUGUCUGCUCCUGUCAAAUCACCCAUCUACAACUCCCGACUGGUCUCUCCCUCAGGGUCUCUGGGCCCCCUCUCUGUCCCUCCCAUCCACAGUACCAUGCCUGCAACAGUAACGUCAUCCUGUUCCCCUGGGAACAACAGCAGGCCUUCGUCUCCUGGCUCAGGACUCCACACCAGCAGCCCCACUGCAUCUCAAAAUAACUCCAAAGCAGCAAUGAACUCCUCCUCCAGUUUUAACUCCUCAGGAUCUUGGUACCGAUGGAAUCAUCCCACCUACCUCCACUGAGACCAAAAUGCUCCUCCCACUCAACCUGGCCCCGUAUCCCUCGCUGAAAGGAAGGAAACAGGAACUUGUGCCUUCUGUGUGUGAACAUUACUUUCAGAAGAGUGGA